CAAAAUAUUUUAAUAUUUGUUGUUAUUAAGUACAUUGAGAGCAAUUUAAACAGUUCGAUUCAAAUAUCUUCUCCAGUUCGAUUGAGCGUCCAAAUCGAUCUAACCUCAACUCAGAAGUGAUUUGUGUCUUUGAUCCAUCGAAAGCUGAUCCAAAGGUGAUUCACAACUCUCAGAACACCAACUGCAACCGAUUAAUCCACGACAAUACAAAAUGCUAGAUCCUCAAACACCAGAAACUGACUAUGAAAACCAGGCACUGUCAGCUGAUUUGGGAAUAUUGUACAUGGAUGCCACAACAUCUGACGUGAAAUUCAUCUUCAAACUCGAUGACAACAAAAAAGAAAAUCUUCCAGCACACAAAAGCUUGUUGGCAACUAGAAGUGAUGUGUUCCAUGCAAUGUUUUACGGUACAGUUAAGGAAAACGCUGAUGUUAACAUCGUCGACGCUACACCAGCCGCAUUCAGAGAGUUCUUAAAAUUCUUCUACCUCAGCAAAGUUCGGUUGACCAUGGAAAAUGUACGCAGUGUCAUGAAUCUGGGCGAAAAAUAUAACGUUUCUGCCUGUUUAGACGCGUGCGGCGAAUUGUUGAUAAGGAAUCUCACCGUCGAGAAUGCAUGUUUCAUCUAUGGACUUGCGAUUCUCUACAAGCAAAAGGAACUCAAACGACUUUGCGAAGAGAAAAUAACCGAGAACACCGAGGCUGUAUUUGCAUCAAAAAGUUUUUUGAAUAGCCCAAAGUCAGUUCUACACCAUGUUUUGAAUCUCGACAAAUUGUCCUGCUCAGAAGCGGAUGUGUUCAAAGCAUGCAUGGCCUGGGUGAAGUCGGCAAGUGGAAAGGAAAUAGUGACGAAGGCAGACGUUCAACAGCUUCUCGGCGAUCUAUUCUACAAAAUUUGUUUUCGUUCAAUGACAAUUAAAGAAUUUGCCGAUCUCAUUGCAUCGUUUGGCCAUGUAUUUUCGAUGGAUGAGCACAAAGAAUGUGUUCAGAUGGUUGCAUCGAAGGAUUUUCGACCUGAAAUCUUCACGACAAAAACUCGUCAUCCACAUGGAAACAAUCACAAAGUUGAAUGUAAUCGGGUUUUGGAAUACAGGAAAGAAUAUUGCUUUGUCCGUAACAUUGCAACAACAUUUUCAACAAAUGAACCAAUUAUUCUUUUGGAGUUGGUUUUUGAGAGCCUGCGUAUUCAUCGUGAUGGAGAAUGGAGAGAUGACUUAAUGGACGAUUUCCUUACUGAAAUAAGAAUCGCCAAGAUUCCCAACGACAAAGGCGACACGAAAGUUCUAGUAGAGCAAACAGCACACUUGCGAUGUGAGGAAGGUACAGUUGUGACACUGUGGAAACCAGUUUUGACACGACCAGGAAAUAAGUACCAAAUUCAAUUGAAGCACUCAUCAAAUGAACACUGCUAUAAAAUGCCAGUUCUGAAAACUGAAGUUGAACUUGAAUCCAAUAUCAUCAUUCAAUUUUACAACGAUCCGAAAACAGUUGAUUUACAACUUCCGACGUCACCAAUAAUUUCUCUUCGAUUUUCUCGAAUCGUGGAGUGACUCUAUGGAACAAGAUCGAAUUGGAAAAGAUAAUUGCGACACUCUGUAAACUUAAAACCAAGCGUAAAUUGAGGUAUCGCCGAAAUCGUCUCAGUGCUCGAAACAAAACAAAAUCAAAAUGUACACUCGUCCCAUUUAAUACAGUCCGACAUUUGAAAAUAAUAUAUGCGUAAAUAUGUUUUUUUCGAAUAAUUUCUUUCUAUUUUGAAAAUUUUCAGUGAAAAAUUAGCUGUAACUCAAAAUUUUACUUCAUUUAAA